AUGAGUGCCAAGAACACCUUCGGUUCACAGGCAGCCAAAGCAUUCUGCGCCAAUCUUUAUACCACCUGGCUCUCCGAGGACGAAAAUGUGGAACGCAUUCGUGAUAUGCUGAGUCGCAUGCUGGCGCUGUCGGCCGCAGCUCAAAAUUUAGAGAUUGGCGCUAAGAAAGGAAAGGCCGCCGACACGGACGCGCUCAGCAACGGCGCGUGGCACAGCGACCCUGUUGUAGGGCUAUCUACAAGCUCUACCGCGAUAGACGAGGACGCCGACCCGGGACAAUCGCCUCGACCGACUCCUCCACAGAGGACGAAUAAAUCAGCAGCCCUCAAAUCAGCUGAUGAUCGUACACCGAGUCCCAUCCAACCAUCCACAUCCCCUUGUGCUGUCGCCCGUUUUGCCGGCGGGGUAGACGAGCUCGAUUACCCUCACCGUGCCGGGUCGCCAGUCGUCACACCGACGUCGCCGCAGCCAAAGCCGAUUGUAGACCCCAGUGCCCCUCUUCCGUACGUCAGCUCCGGCAGUGUCUCGCCACACCGCGGCCACUCGCUCGGCAGCCCUCGCUUGGACUCCACACUGAACGCUGUCAUGGUAUCAGGUGACCUCGCAAUUCCAUUGGACCCCAGCACUAGCCUCAGCAUGACGGCUCGCGAGUCGACGACACGUUUCGUGCACACCGCCGGUAGCUUUGCAGUGACGCCGCCCGCCAACCUAAAGCAGGCGACACUAGAAGACAUCCCGUGCUUUUACUCGAAGAAGGAGUCUUGCGGGCUGCAGAUUGAGAACGACUCGGAGGAGGCGCAGGAGCUGAACCGCCUGUUAGAAAAAAAUGACUCCGUGAAGAAGACAGUAUGGGUGUUUGGUGACAUUAGCUCAAAGGUGUUCAAGGUACCGAUUUGGUACAAAGAGGCGCUCUUCACGGACAUUGCAACUCGCUGCGGUCUGGACGCGGCCACCACGGAUACACUAGCCGCUGCUCAAAUCCGCACUGUGUACAGCGACGUCUACGCGUCCUUGUCGGCCAGCCGCCGCCUUUACGAUCUCAUCUGCACGCAUCCCCAAAAGGAAUUUAUUACGCUGUCUGACUUAGAGUCGAUGGGCAGGUACCUCGUUGCGGCUCACCCGGGGCUCCAGUUCCUCCAGCAGCCGGAGUUUCAGGAGUACUAUUGGCACACCGUGGCGGUGCGCAUAAUGUACAUGUUAGAGCGCCAGCAGUGUGGCCGCAUCUACUGGCGAGACUUUGACCGAAGCGACCUGCCGGAUAGGAUGAUGGAUCUGGACACCAAGGAUGUAAACCUAGUGCUCGACUAUUUUUCCUAUGAGCACUUCUACGUUCUGUACUGCAAGUUUUGGGAGCUCGACACCGACCGUGACCUCCUUGUCGGCUUCGAGGAUCUGUGCAACUACGGCCAAGGCUCUGUCGUGACGGGAGCCAUCAAACGUGUGGUGGAGGGCUACGGCCGCCCGCUGUCGUCCGGCGUGCCUGGCAAGAUGGACUUUGCGGACUUUGUGUACUUCUGCCUCUCCGAGGAGGACAAGAACUCGGAACCAGCGGUGCUCUAUUGGUUCAAAGUGCUUGACACGGACGAAGACGGUGUAUUGAGCGGAUAUGAGAUGAUGCAGUUCUUUGAGGAGAACCAGCAGCGGUUCCUCGAGUUCUCCGACUCGCCAGAGGGGGACAUAGCGUACGAGGAUACAAUGUGCCAGAUGCUGGACAUGGUCGGGUUCGACCGUGUCAAGAUGCGGAAGUGCGGCGUCACCCUUGGCGACCUCCGCUCCUGCCCCACACCCGCCAACUUCUUCAACAUGAUCAUCAACGCGUCGAAGUUUUUGCUGUUUGAGCACCGAGACCCGUUUGGGGAGCACCAAAUACGGAUGCGCGUGGAGAAAACCGAGUGGGACCGCUUCGCACGAGCCGAGUACGAUCGCAUGGCGGCUGAGGCACAGUAG